AUGUUCGACAUAAUUCCUUUCCAUAUCCAAGAGCUGAUCAUCAAAAGGCUUCCUAUCGUAUCAUUGCUUCAGUUCAGAUCCGUCUCGAAAACACGGAAAUCUUUGAUCGACACCUCUAAUUUUAUCGCUGCUCACAGCGUUACUGAGUCGCAGCAUCUCCUUAUAAGGUAUGAAGAUAAGGAAUCUGACACUGUUGGAAAGUAUCUUUCUUUCCCAGAUGAUGACACUUUCCCUCACCAGAGAAACUCAAUCGCUGUUCCUAUGCCUAACAAGUUUAAUCUGGAUCCUGAAACUAAUCUUUGUUUUGGGGUUUCCCCUGUGACUACUGACCCUAAAAUAGUAGAGAUCACACAAUUUCACAAAACUAGCUACCAUUGUGAUGCUAAUGUUUACACUGUGAGCUCAGGCAAUUGGAGAAAUCUAUCUAACAAUCUUCCUGGUAAGCCAUUUCGUAUCUUUUGGCCUCAGGUUGUUGUUGAUAGGUUUAUUUAUUGGUGUGCUUUUGACCCUAUGAAUGUAGAUAGUGAGUUACGGAAUCAUAAUUUUAUAAUGUCAUUUGACAUAACUAAUGAGAGUUUUGGAGUGGUAGAACUCCCAGAUAGUUUAAGGCGCCACUCUCCAAAACAAUUGUGUAUUUCUAAGGUAAGGGAGUCUCUUGUCCUGCUUGAAUAUGAUAGCUAUCACAAACGUGCUUGUAGUGUAUGGAUGAUAGAGAAUGCUGUUGAGAAAUCAUUUACAAAGAGAUUUACUGUUGAGGCACCACAUUAUUGGUCAAUGUCAAUAACAACACUUGGAUUUAGGAAGAAUGGUAAACCUAUAGUGAAAGUGGAAAAUGCUCAUAUGUGUUAUGAACAGGGUGCACUUAUGGUGUAUGAGCCCAAUAUUGAAUGCUUCAAAUAUCAUGGGAUGUAUGGAAAACCUGGAACAUUCUUUGUGCAUUCCUACAUAGAAACACUAGUUUUGAUAGGUCAAUCUGAUCGCAAUAUUAAGGUUGAAGAUGAUGUCUAG